CGUACGUUUCUUACGCAUUCACGAGCCGGGAAGGUCGCAGUGACCGAAUCCAGUUCCUCGUUAGCGAGAAAGAUGAUGUCCCUUGCAGCCCGUUCGGGGGCUUUCUCCCCUUAUUUACAGGCUACUAAUUUCGCAGUAGCUGGGCCGCUCAAAGCUAUUGUUCCAGGAGUCGUAGUCAAAGGAGAGAAGGUCCUGCUGGACGUGAAGAAACCUUUCCUAUGUCGCGAAUCGUUAGACGGUCAGAGCCCCAAGACGGGACCGGCUGUUUCAGUUAGCAUCAAUGCCGGUGCUGGAAUUCGUUUCGCUCACACCGACAUCAAGUUGCCAGAUUUCUCCGACUACAGACGACCCGAUGUCCUGGACCCGAAGAAGCCUUCCCAGGACAACAGCGAGUCACGGCGAGCCUUCUCCUACCUGGUCACCGGCGCCACCACCGUUGUGGGCGUGUACGCCGCCAAGACGGUGGUGUCGCAGUUUGUCUCGUCGAUGAGCGCGUCGGCCGAUGUCCUGGCCCUGUCCAAGGUGGAGAUCAAGCUGAGCGACGUCCCCGAGGGCAAGAACGUGACCUUCAAGUGGAGAGGCAAGCCGUUGUUCGUCCGCCACCGCACGCAGAAGGAGAUCGAGACGGAGGAGGCGGUCAACCUGGCCGAGCUGCGCGACCCCGAGCACGACAAGGACAGGGUGUUGAACCCCGAGUGGGUCAUCGUCAUCGGCGUCUGCACCCACCUGGGCUGCGUGCCCAUCGCCAACGCCGGCGAUUACGGCGGCUACUACUGCCCCUGCCACGGCUCCCAUUACGACGCCUCGGGCCGCAUCCGCAAGGGCCCCGCCCCCCUCAACCUGGAGGUGCCCUACUACGAGUUCCCAGAUGAGGACACGGUCAUCGUCGGCUAGACGCGAGACUGCCUAUCUGUUAGCGCUUCUGUUCGAUCUGUGUGUCCGACAGGGUUUCUCCGAACGUCGUUGCUCAUACCGUGUGCACCUCAGACACAACUUCACACUGGGGAGGGAGAGGGGCGAGACAAUUAAGCCAGUUGUAAGUAAUAAAUGUAAAUUUUACCCGAUCUGAAGCAACUUGUGUGUAGUUAUUUAUUCCCGUUAAAUAAAAUCGCUUACCAUUCCGAGCAUCGCCCACAUGUGUAAUCAAUAUUUCUAUGAUUUAUUGUCAUAAAUUCAUGUAAGUUUUUUCUCGUGGAGCUGCUUUCUCCUUUUGGCACUGCGUACUCAUACACACCAGUGAACACCGUACAAGCGAGUCUGCUUUGGGCUGAAAACAUGGGAUCUAUCUGAAUCAUUUCUGAUGCAAGCCCUGAACAGGGUUGUUUGGUAAUAAAAGUAUUUUUGGGUAUUUGAAAA